AUGCCCAAGCAGGUCACCGACAUCAAGAACUUCCUCGAGAUCGCGCGCCGCAAGGACGCGACGGCUGCCCGCAUCAAGAGGACCAUCAAGGCUGGCAAGACCCAGACCAAGUUCAAGGUCCGAUGCUCCAAGUACCUCUACACGCUCGUCGUUGACGAUGCCCAGAAGGCCGAGAAGCUCAAGCAGUCGCUUCCCCCGGGUCUCAACGUCGUCGAGGUCGGCGCCAAGGCCAAGAGCAAGAAGUAA